GAGAGAAAGCGUGCCCGCUGCCCAAUGACAGCGCAGGAUGCUGAGAGAGGCUGCUCGGGUGAAUGGAGGCGACAAGAUGCCGUCUAAAGGAGAGGAAUUAACAUCGAUAAAGGUCUGACUUUUGACGCGUUCCACCAAUUCAGGCAUGAAGUAAAUCCCACAUGAUUGGUUCAAAGAGUUGGAGCGGUCUUGUUUCAGCGCGGCACUGUUAAGGACCCUGUGGUGGCUGCAUCGCUGAAUCACAGGACAUGUACGGCAGUGCCAGAGCUGUAGGCCAUGUAGAGAGCAGCCCUGUACGGUCCCCGCGCCUGCCAAGGUCCCCAAGAUUGGGCCACCGGAGGGCAAAUAGCGGGAGUGGGGGUGGUGGCGGGGGCAAGACGCUCUCCAUGGAGAACAUCCAAUCCCUCAACGCUGCCUAUGCCACUUCAGGGCCCAUGUACCUGAGCGACCACGAGGCCGUGGGCUCCACUGCCACCUACCCAAAAGGCACUAUGACUCUGGGGCGUGCCGCCAGCCGAGCCAUGUACGGGGGCCGGGUCACCGCUAUGGGCAGCAGCCCCAAUAUUGCAUCGGUGGGAUUGCCUCAUGCUGACCUCCUGUCUUACAGUGACCUGGGCUCUCUCUCCAUGCUGCACCCCCACCACCACCAGGGGGUGCCCUCUGCCCUGCUCAGGCAGGCGGUGCGGGGCAGUGGGGGGGAGCUGCUGGAGAUGCAGGCCCAGCUCAGGGAGAUGCAGAGAGAGAAUGAGCUGCUGCGACGGGAGCUCGAUCUGAAGGAUAGUAAGUUGGGAUCGUCCACCAACAGCAUCAAGAGUUUCUGGAGUCCAGAGCUGAAGAAGGAGAGGAUCAUGAGGAAAGAAGAAGCAGCCCGCUCGUCAAUCCUGAAAGAGCAGAUGAGAGUCACCCAUGAGGAGAACCAGAAACGUCAUUUCACCACCAUCGAGCUGACGGAGGAGAACUUCCGCCGGCUGCAGGCUGAACAUGACAGGCAGGCCAAGGAGCUAUUCUUGCUGAGGAAGACCCUGGAGGAGAUGGAGCUCAGGAUAGAGACACAGAAACAAACACUGGGAGCCAGAGAUGAGUCCAUCAAGAAGCUACUGGAGAUGCUGCAGAGCAAAGGGCUGCCCCCCGGUCCAGGAAGAGCCUCUGAGGAGGAAGAGCAGGAGAGAGCCAGGCGCAUUGCUGAAGCAGAGGCCCAGCUUGGACACCUAGAAGUUAUUUUAGAUCAGAAGGAGAAGGAGAACAUCCACCUGCGAGAGGAACUGCACAGACGAAAUCAGCUGCAUCAGGAUCCAAGCAAAACCAAGGCCCUGCAGACAAUUAUAGAGAUGAAAGACACAAAAAUCGCCUCUCUAGAGCGCAACAUUCGAGAUCUGGAGGAUGAGAUCCAGAUGCUGAAAGCAAACGGCUUACUAAACACAGAAGACAGAGAGGAGGAAAUCAAACAGAUGGAGGUCUACAAGAACCAUUCCAAGUUUAUGAAGACCAAGAUUGACCAACUGAAGCAGGAGUUGUCAAAGAAAGAGUCAGAGCUGCUAGCUCUGCAAACAAAGCUAGAGACUCUCAACAACCAGAACUCAGACUGCAAACAGCAUAUCGAGGUGCUCAAAGAGUCUCUCACUGCCAAGGAGCAACGUGCUGCCAUCCUGCAAACAGAGGUGGAUGCUUUGCGUCUGCGUCUGGAGGAGAAAGAGUCCUUCCUGAACAAGAAAACCAAGCAACUGCAGGACCUGACAGAGGAAAAGGGGACUCUUGCUGGAGAAAUCAGGGACAUGAAGGACAUGCUUGAGGUCAAGGAGAGGAAGAUUAAUGUCCUGCAGAAGAAGAUUGAGAACCUGCAGGAGCAGCUGCGGGACAAAGACAAGCAGCUGGGAAACCUCAAGGACAGGAUCAAGUCUCUACAGACUGACUCCAGUAACACAGAUACUGCCCUGGCCACCUUGGAGGAGGCGCUGUCAGAGAAGGACCAAAGAGAGAGGGAAGACAGAGAACGCCUGGAAGAAGUGGAUUCAUAUAAGAAGGAGAACAAAGAUCUGAAGGAGAAGGUCAACAGCCUUCAGAUAGAACUAACAGAGAAAGAGGCCAGUCUCAUCGAUCUCAAAGAGCAUGCAUCAUCCCUGGCAUCCUCUGGUCUGAAAAAGGAUUCAAAGCUCAAGUCAUUGGAAAUUGCAAUCGAGCAAAAGAAAGAGGAGUGCAGUAAGUUGGAGACACAACUGCAGAAGAAAGCUCACGAGGUGGAUCAUCAGUCCGGACAUCAGUCCAGAGGGAACCCAGAAUAUGUGGAUCGAGUGAAGCUGCUGGAAAAGGAGGUGAGCUACUACAAAGACGAAGCAAGCAAGGCUCAGACAGAGGUGGAGAGACUUCUGGACAUCCUUCGGGAGGUGGAGACUGAGAAAAAUGACAAGGAAAAGAAGAUUGCAGAGUUGGAAAGUCCUCCUCCCACUGCCCCACGCCCCACCCCUCGUACCGGUGGCAGAGCUCCCCCUGACCCGCUCCCUUCUGUGUCCGCUGCCCCCCAGCAGAUAGGGGGCAUGGUGUGGGAUUUCCUGGGAAAUUUAGCUCCAAGGCAAGGAAGUAAAGAUCAGACAAAGAAGGGGUCAAACAUUAAAUUGGGAUCACAAGGGGACAAGAAGGGCUUGGGGCAGGACUCUCGUAAGGACAGCUCGUUAGACGGCGGUCACCACCCAAAGCUGGAGGAGAUGAUGAGCACUCUGGAAAGGACGAGGCAGGAGCUGGAUGCCACCAAGCAGCGUCUCUCCUCCACACAGCAGUCUUUACAGGAGCGGGACUCCCACCUCACCAACAUGAGACAAGAGCGAAGGAAGCAGCUGGAGGAGAUACUCGAAAUGAAACAACAAGCUCUGCUGGCAGCCAUCAGUGAGAAAGAUGCUAAUAUUGCGCUGCUUGAACUAUCUGCUUCAAAUAAAAAGAAGACCCAGGAGGAGGUGAUGGCCCUGAAGAGGGAGCGGGACAAACUGAUGCACCAGCUCAAACAACAUGAAAGAACAGGUUUCAUACACAAAGCCGAAUGAAGCUGAUAGCAGACAACUAUGAGGAUGAG